AUGCUUUUCUUCACCCAGUGCUUUGGGGCUGUGUUAGAUCUUAUUCACCUGCGGUUUCAGCACUACAAGGCAAAGAGGGUUUUCUCAGCUGCCGGGCAACUUGUCUGCGUCGUCAACCCAACGCACAGCCUAAAGUAUGCACCAACCCGCUGUGCAGCUGCGCAGACAUCCGUGGAGCAAGGCACCCUUCCUCCCUGCCAUCACCACGAAGCAGUACACGACCCCCAGCUGGUUCCCUGCACGUGCCCACUCUUCUCCUGCCCAUGGGAAGGGCACCUGGAGGUGGUGGUGUCCCACCUGAGGCAGACCCACCGCAUCAACAUCCUUCAGGGAGCAGAGAUUGUCUUCCUGGCCACGGACAUGCACCUGCCCGCACCCACGGACUGGAUCAUCAUGCACUCUUGCCUUGGCCACCAGUUUUUGCUGGUCCUCAGGAAGCAGGAGAAGUAUGAAGGCCACCCCCAGUUCUUUGCUACGAUGAUGCUGAUCGGCACACCGACACAAGCCGACAACUUCACCUACCGCCUCGAGCUCAACAGGAACCAGAGGCGCCUUAAGUGGGAGGCGACCCCCAGGUCGGUACUGGAGUGUGUUGACUCUGUCAUUUCCGACGGGGAUUGCCUUGUGCUGAACACUUCCCUGGCUCAGCUCUUUUCCGACAAUGGAAGCCUAGCAAUAGGAAUUGCAAUAACCACCAGCAAAGUUCACAACGCCGAAGCUGAAAUGUGAGAAGGAAGAGGAAGAAGAAGAAGAGGAGAAACAAUGGUGCUCUAGCUGCCUUGUGAGAGCCAGAACUUGCGGACUUUUCG